UUUUGAACGAAACAACAUCUCCAUAAUCAUGACUAUCCAAUGGGAACAGAUUGCUGCUAAAUAUAGUGCUCAUCGCGAUAGCACGAUUCCUUCUUUUAUGAAGCUGAAAACCAUUCCUUAUAAAGAAGUACUUAACGUUACGAAUGUACCUGCUACUUGUGGGCUUCUCUCUCCUAGGGAACUUGAGUUGACCGAGAAAUAUGACGCUACUGCAUUGGCCGAUCUUAUUAAAGAGCGCAAAACUACAAGUGUAGAGUUGGUAACGGCGUUUUGCAAACGUGCCGCUGUCGCCCAGCAGUUACUGAAUUGCGUAAACGAAUUGUUGUUCGAUGAAGCCCUCGAACAAGCUACCAAACUCGACGAACAUUAUGCCAAGACAGGCGAACUAGUUGGUCCUCUGCAUGGCAUUCCUGUUUCUGUAAAGGAACACAUAUGUGUCAAAGGACAUACCGCAACAGCUAGCUUUUUAGCCAAAGCUGAAGUGAUAGCCGAAGAGGACGCAGAUAUUGUUGAAACAAUUCGUAAAGCUGGGGGUGUUUUAUUCUGUCGCACUCCCCAACCUCAAUCAAUUAUGCAAUUGGAAACCUCUAGCAAUUUAAUAGGCGUCACUGUGAACCCCUUUAAUCGAAAACUCACUCCUGGUGGCUCUUCAGGCGGAGAAGGUGCACUUUUGGGGAUCCGAGCUUCUGUCCUAGGCAUUGGCAGUGAUAUUGGAGGCUCGAUUCGCUCUCCAGCCGCAAAUAAUGGUCUCUUUGGUUACCGUCCUUCCACAUUGCGCUUGUCCCGAAAAGGCUGUCAAGGAGCUGUAUUGGGACAAGAAUCCAUUCUUGGUGUCGUUGGUCCUUUGGCACACAGUGUUCGUGACUUGAAUUUAUUUAUGAAUACUUGUAUCUCUAGUAAGCCUUGGUUGAAUGAUGCUUCUGUCGUACCAAUUCCUUGGCGUAAUCCGGACUUGCCGGCCAAGAUGAGAAUAGGUGUUAUACGUAGCGAUAAGGUGGUGACUCCUCAGCCUCCUGUUCAAAGAGCCAUGCAAAUGGUCAUUGACAAACUUGAGAAAUCUCCCAAGUUUGAACUCGUCGAUGUCGAGCCAAUGGAACAUAAAUAUUCGUGGGAACUUAUCAGUGAGCUUUACUUUCUUGAUGGCGGGAAAGUGUACUAUGAUUUGUUUGCAAAGGUGGGCGAGCCCAUAGAGCCAUUGACAGAAUGGAUCUUGAAUCAGCCCAGUACGAAGAACCACGAUAUGGCUGGUGUUUGGAAGCUCGUAACGGAACGUGAUGCCUACCGCAAUAAGUAUACGAAGUAUUUACAGUCCUACGGAGUCGACUUAAUAUUGUGUCCUGCUGGACCUGGUCCCGCACCCAAACUAGGAGAAGCGAAGUAUUGGACCUACACUUCUGUCUGGAACUUGCUGGAUCUCCCCUCCGCUGUUUUCCCUGUGACGAAAGUGGAUCCAGGUUUAGAUGUAAAGGAUGAAUCUUAUGAGCCCAUGAAUGAUGAAGACGCCUUCCACUAUCAAACGUAUAAUCCUGAGGACUACAAAGAUGCUCCAGUUAGUUUGCAACUCGUUGGUAAACGUUGGGACGAUGAGAAUUUGCUAGCGGCUCUUGAGAAGGUUGUGGAGACACUUUAAGUUUGUUAUAAUGACUAUCGUUGGAG